AUGGCCACAAAAAUAGAGCCAGACACCGAUGGCUCUAAUAUAACAUAUCCUUCGCCAGGAGUCGAGGCCAUGGAAUCCGGUCCGUUCUACAACACUGCCGGCCGGGAGGGCGUACAGGAACACCAAGAGAGGAUCGAUGGUAUCGAAUCGCAUCAUGAGCAACACCACGAGCAGUCCGAACAUCAAGUCCCUGAACAAGUCCAACAUGUGCAAGUUCAGGAGCAUGAUCAAAGUGAACUUCAGCAGCCGGAACCAGAAGCUCCCCAGCAGCACGUCUCUCGUCCCGCCAACCUAGAGGAACUUCAAUUGGCAGCACAGCUGGGCCAGGGACUGGCAGGAACACCAAUGAUGCCUGCCACAGACCCCAACAUGAAUGUCGAGGACCCCAAUCUACGAAGCAUCAUGCCCCAUCCUGAACCUGACCAGCAACAAACCCCAUCGUAUGUUCAUGACACCCCUACGAGUGACCCUAUGGUAUCGCAUGCCAUGUCUGUCCCCGUAGGACCAACUAUUGCCCCUCAAUAUCCAAUCGACAACAGCAUCCCUCCAAGAAAGAGGUCAAAGGUUUCGAGAGCAUGCGAUGAAUGCCGAAGGAAGAAGAUUAAGUGUGACGCUCAGACCGACACUGGCGAUGCUCCCUGCUCUAGCUGUGCCAGGUCCUCUAUCAGAUGUUUGUUCAGCCGUGUACCUCAGAAACGAGGACCCAGUAAGGGAUACAUUAAAGAACUCGCAGACCGUAUCCACAGCAUUGAGAACAAGCUUGAAUCGGAUGGAGGUCUCAGCCAGGACGACAUCGAUCGACUCUUUGUCACCGAUAGGCCACGACAGAGUCAAGGCGAGGACUCUGCCCGCAAACGACCAUUCUCUAGCAUUUCGACAAACGAAUUUGCUACACCUUCACGACAGACGCCGUGGGGAUCUGAGCAUAGGAUUCAAGCUUCCCCAGGAGCAUCUGAAGCAUACACAUCCUACGACAACAGCUCUUUGGCACCGCAACCUGCACCCCUCCUCAAGCCUGAAAGCGCGCCUGCCAAGCCGCCUGUCGCCCCUAUGGAUGUUUCUAUGCCCGAUGCUCACGAAGGUGUAGACAUUGAUGAAAGCAUGCUGCACACUUAUUUGUCCAGCUUUCAGCCUGUCUAUCCGGUACUGCCCAGUACCAAGGAGCGGAUGCAGGAACUGCUCGCUCAAUGCCCCGUGUCUCUUCAGAAUGCGUUUGCGAAUGCCCUGUCUGCUGUCGUGGGAUCUGGCGGCGACACGAAACUUGCAAACUGGCUCCUCUUUGAACGGGAGAGCGACGAGAAGAGUACUUCUACACGAGCAGCCAAUAUCGUUCAUGUACAAAGCUUACUGCUGCUUGCUAUUGAUGCUGACUUGCGUUCGUUGCCCAGCUUCCCUUUCCUACUGGUACGCGCGAUCGGCCUUGCCGGUUCAAUGAGGCUAUGGAGGUACACUCCCAUGGAGUCGAUUAUAGAGUCUGAUUCGGAUGAUGCGCUGUCUGUGCAGAUAUGGUGGUCAUUGAUUUUGAUGGAUCGCUGGUAUGCUACUGGUACAGGAAAGCCGUAUCUCAUACCCGACCGCAGUGUAGUAGCUCCUCCUGGUCUAGAAAACAUCCUAGGAGAGGUGUGCUUCUACCUCGUUCGACUUUCGAAGUUGCUUGUUCGCCUCUGGCAUGUCAUUUCAACCUUGCAGCCCGGAGCAUCAACAACCGAGCAACAUGAGGCUUCGAUCCUCGCGGAUUACAUCGAGGACUAUAGAGAAGACUUACCCGCGCACAUCGAACCAGCAUCGCACCCAAUGGUCCACAUGGCGUACUGGCACUGCAGGCUCAUAGUAAUACUGCUUACCCCAGGAGCUACUCCAUCAGAGACAAUUUGGGCUACUAAGGAGCUCAUCAAUCUUCUCUCGGCGAACGACUAUCUGCGUAGCCCGCUCAUCAGCCACUUUGUGUCGCUCGUUUCCAUGUCUCUAGCAAAGCUGGUCAAACUGGACCGAUCGCGAGAAGAAGCGACACAGCUGAUCAAGGACAUUGUAGACAAACCUGCCACAGCAUGGGAUGGUGUUCGUGAGAAGCUCACAGACAAAUUGCGGCCAGCUUCUUCAGUGGAAGCAACUGCGAGUCAGGGGCUUCAACAUCUGGCAGACCUGGCCACGGCCCACGAAGGAGGUGAUGACAUUGCUUUUGGUCCAUCGUUGGCACUGGGAUAUCUGGAAUUGGCCUAG